AUGGCGACCAUUCAGCAGCGAUCGAGCAACAAGCUCUCAGUCUCUUCGAACAGAAGCUCAGAUGGCCUCUACAAGCAUCGUCAAAGCAUGCUCUUCCGAGAACUGGAAAUUUUACUUGAACUCACACCGAGCACCUUCAGCUCACCACUUCUGGCCCUUCCAAGAGAGAUCCGCGAUCAGAUAUUCAAUUAUGUGCUGCCGGAUCCCACAAGAAACCGUCCGGAACUCCAUACUUGCCUAUGGGGCGCGGAGAUGUCCAAUGGAGAACCCUGGAGACACGACAUUUUCGGAUAUGGAUCAACCGUAGCCAAAGCAUCGCGACUACGACCUGAGCUUCUCUUGAUCAACAAACAAAUUCGGGACGAGCUGCUUCACAAUUACUACCGCCGCAGCAAGAUCACUCUGCACGCUGAACUACGGAAUACGCGGACGAAUAACGACUAUUUCGAGUUCUCACAGCACAUCCUUCAACUACCCAUGUUGAAGCACAUAACACACAUACGCUUCUACGUUGAAUGGAACUACACGACGCUGAAAAAUGGAGGGAGGGAUCGCAUGAUGAAAGACCAGACACGUAUGACGAAGAACCUCCUCGCCUCCAUGGAUAAGAUCGCCCUGUUACUACAGUGCAUCGAGACGAUCGAGCUAUCAGUACUCUUCUUCUGGAAAUUCCGGAGCGGGAAAAUGUACAGUCUUUCCAUGCAGGACCUCUUUGACCUCGAAGACGUGUUCAAGCGCUGCGCAGAGCUGCCCUGGCUUGGUUUACUCGGCGAAAAUGACCUACCUGGGAAGAAGAAGACGACUACUUCCACCUACCUCAGCCCGACUUCGGCAACGACGAACUCUUCGGCGGGUGUGGGCUACAAGAUGUCGACGGAGAAGAAGGGUACGGAGCAGAGUGGAGGCAUGGAGAUUUGCAUCAGUCGUGACCUGGAGGAUGCGAUGGAGGAGAGGAGAAAGAGUAGUGUUGACUUUUUCGGCAACUACGAAGUCACAGAGCCUUUGCCUCAACCUUGUUAUCGGCAUGGUGCUAUGAUAUGA